AUGACUGCAUGUGCCAAUAUUGAUGGCUACUUCCGUCUCGGCCAGAACAUAGUCAAGGCCAGAAAGCUUAUGAAGCAGCAUGCAUAUGUGUAUGCCUUGAAGUUCGAUGUGAGUCCCAUCCUUGUUCAUUCCACUGCUGCUCCUUUGCUUCACACUCAGGAGCAGACCAAUGAUGAUGCUUCGCCCAUCAGAAAAAAACCCUACCAGGGCCAGGGUGACCUACUCAUUUUUCUACUAUAUGACAGAGUCUUCAAUGGUGUGAAGUCCAUCGGCAUCAAGUAUGCGGGGCGCUUUGGUGAAAUAGCGAGUAACAAGGGUAAUCGCCCCAAAAUACCAAUUCCUUUGUUGGCACUCGUGGCAAUGGCAGUAAUGUUCUUCUUGCUAGCCCUUUUCUGGAAGACGCUUGGUUCCCCAGGCAAAUUCAACUUUACAGGUAAUCAAUUCAGUGAAACUUAUGUUUUUCACGUCAAGUUCCUCGAGAAGUUGAAGAAGGACGCUCCUACGAAAUUUCACUGCAUGAUGGCUGAUAUUUACGAAGCCGUACAGGCCUUGAAACGCAAGGGCAAUGAUCAUCUGGCCAGUGAACAUCAAGAUGCACUCGCGCUACUCGACCUUGAUGGGAUGGCUGAAGAUUAG